UUACGGACUUUCAGCUGAAGGCACUGCAUGGUUGUGGUUUGCAACUAAAAUGCAAAGAUGCCUAACGCUCAGUCAUACACCUACCACAUCAAGAACCCAUCGAAAAAGACAAAUGAAGCUCUUAUUAGCGUAGCUAGGCUUAAGCUUGCAGUAAACAUUAUGUAUUCCUACUGGACAUCAGGAUACAGAGAAAAAAAGCUAGGAAAUACCAUAAAUUUGAUUACGGAAAUAAUGGCACGAAUUAUUUAACGUUAGCACCGAGUAAAAUGGGCGAAGCCUUUAUCAGGGAACUUCUCUCUCUGUGCCUUCAACGUAUUGCUGUUGAGGGAAAUGCAAUGAACACUGAACCAGAGUUUAUUGAGGUAGUGAGAAACUAUGAUGCCACCAGGAAGAAAUGGCUCCAUGCAGAGCUGGAGUUGAAGAGGUACAAAGAACUGCUGUUGAAGUCAGACAUAGCCCAAGCAGCCCUGGAAGUUAAACUGAAACACUGUCGCAACCAGGUCGAAGUGGAGAUUAAGAAACGCUACAAGGCAGAGGCAGACUUUCAGUACCUGCAACGGCAAAUGCAACUAAUGUGUGAAAUACUGGUCAAUGACAGCAAGUCCAAUGCAUGUCUGAAUGAUGAGCAGAGAUCUAUGCUGGCCAACUUCAACCACAGAGGAGUCAAUGUCACCCAGCACAAGAGCAAACGAUUAUCUGUCAUCGAUGAGUCUUCAUUCCUGUCUCACUCCGAUAUUAGUUAUGAUAGAACUGAUGAUGACAUGGAUCUGGACGUAACAGUAGCGAAGCCACUCAAGUCCAGGGCAAGGGAAAAAAGGCGAUCUUCCAUGGGCCCAAAUGUCGGCGCUCCUGCUGGGAAGAGAGGAAGAGUAGGUGGUCACUCAGAGGAUCUCGAAAGAAGACCUGUUGAAAAAGAAGUGGAGACUACGAUUGUGACUGCGUCUGUCACUACCCCAGAGAGCGGAGGUCAAAUUCACAUGGUGAUCGACAUCACCCAGAAAUCACCCGAGAAGCCACGCAGGACUUCCAUUAGGGACAACCUGAUUUCAUGUGUUGGCGAGCAAACAUCUGUGUGGACUCCCAGUGAUGAAACUAUUGCUGACCAUGAAUCCACCAUGGAGCCUGAUACCACCGAGGAGCCUGACACCCUCACGGAGAUGGAGGACACCAGCACCGAGCUUGGAUUUAACCAGGUGUUCACUCCCAUUGUAACCAAAGCUCUGAGACACUACUUUCUGACUAAAACGGUGAUUCGUCCAGAAACCUGUGUGCCGUGUGGGAAGAGGAUCCGUUUUGGGAAGAUGGCCGUGAAGUGCAGGGACUGUCGUGUGGUGGCUCAUCCCGAAUGUAAACAGAAGUGCCUGGACUGCUGCCUUUCCUCACAUGGAUUUCAUGGAUCUGAGGACACUUUAGAGAGCUUUGCCCCCACGACGCAGCCUAGGAUCCCUCUGAUAAUUGUGCAGUGUGUGAAUGAAAUUGAGAAAAGAGGAUUGGAGGAGAGAGGCAUCUAUCGUGUUCCUGGAAACGAGCGCGUGGUGAAGGAGCUGAGGGAGAAAUACAUUGGCCGCAAAGAGCCCAUUAUGCUCAGUAAAGUGGAUGAGAUCCAUGUUGUCUGUGGACUUCUCAAGGACUUCCUGAGAAAACUGAAGGAGCCCCUUAUCACCUUCAGGCUGCAUAGAACCUUCAUGGAGACAUGCGAGACUCCUGAGGAUGACAAGAGCGCAGCAAUAAUGUACCGGGCCAUAGGGGACUUGCCCAAGCCUAACAGAGACACACUGGCUUUCCUCAUGCUUCAUCUUCAAAGAGUCAUGCGAAGCCCCCUCUGUCAGAUGAACCAGAACAAUUUGUCCAGGGUGUUUGGACCCACCGUUAUUGGACAUGGAAUGGCAGAGCCCUCCCCGAUGACCAUAAUGAGAGACACAAACACUCAGCCAAAGGUCAUAGGUAGAAUGCUGUCGUUCCCAGCUGAGUACUGGAAACGGCUCCUCAUUGCAGGGAGGGACCAGGUUAUAUCAUCAGUGGUCGACGCUAACAUCAAUAGUGAGAGGCAAAGCACAGACCGAGAUUGUUUAUUUAAACCACUGACUUCCCCUGAGCUGAGUAAAUACUUGAAGACUCCUACUAGUGGCUCCUUAAAGGGGAGAAUGAAGAAUGCAUUUAACAAUACUAACCGGACAAAGAACGACCCAAGCAAAAAGAAGUUCUUCCCGUCCCCCAACUGAUUGUGGUUAGUGUGGAUAGUUUAGUGGAAGUAAGGAUGUUAUUAAUGGAAAACUAAAGCACUUUACAUUUGUCUAGCUAUC